AUGCUCCACCAUCUCGCCUUCGCCCUGGUCCUUGCUCCCUGCGCCUUCGCAGCGCCUGUCUCCAACGUCGCCGCCGCAACCAUAGGCAAAAUCCGUGGGGUUGCAGAUCCAAUCUACCACCUCUACCUGCAGGCGAAUCCCAAAAAUGCCUCGAUCCCCGUCCUAGGGCCCGAAUCCUCUGCUCAAACCUUUACGAUCGGAAGUACCAUCCAGAGCCAAAAUACCUCCGCAUACCUCAACAUUCAGACGGUGAGCACGAGCUACAAGCCGCUUGUGUGGGGCAAGAGUGCGGAAACCACGGCAUGGGGACUAGAGGGUGACACGAUUAUCACGGCGACGGGGAGUAGUUAUGGGAGACAGCUGAACUUUCUGGCUUGCAAGAGCACGGAGAGCGGGUACUAUGAUUUGUACUUGCAGACGGGCAGCGAUGUGCCGAGCGGGAAAACAUGUAGUAACUACCAGACGAUACAUUUGCCGUGUCUGUGUUGA